AGCCGCGGUCUGGUGAGUCACCAGGGCUGCAGUGUUGUGAGGAAAACUAGUUUAUUUUAAUGUUUCAUUUUCAGGCUGUGCCUAGAGAAGCCGUCCUUGGUCGCGGGGAGCUGUUGAGCCUGGCCUCCCCUCCCUGUCAUUUUCCAGAAGUAACCUGUGGUCGGGAUGGUGGAGAUGCCUCAUUCAAGCCUGCAUCCGUCCAUUCCACGGCACAGGGGUCAUGGGAUCCAGAAGGCAGCCUUUGUCCUGCUGGUUGCCUGCCUAGUGGCCCUUUGGGAGCUAGGGGAGCCACCAGGCCACACUCUCCAGUGGCUGGUAUGCCAACUAGCCUCCCUGCAGCUGGGGCUAUUGCUAAAGGUGAUCUGCAGUCUGGCUGAGGAGCUAUGUCAUGUCCAUUCCAGGUACCAGAGCAGCUACUGGAGGGCUGUGCGAGCCUGCAUGGGCUGCCCCAUCCGCCGUGGAGCCCUGCUGCUGCUGUCCUGCUAUUUCUACUUCUGCUUCCCAAAUAUGGCUGACCUGCCCCUCACUUGGACACUUGCCCUCUUGGGCCUCUUGCAGGCAAUGAACAUCCUCCUGAGCCUCCAGGGCCUGACCCCAGCUGAGAUCUCUGCGAUCUGUGAAAAAAGGAACCUCAACGUGGCCCAUGGGCUGGCAUGGUCAUAUUACAUUGGAUACCUUCGGCUGAUCCUGCCAGGGCUCCAGGACCGAAUCAGAAUUUAUAAUCUGCAACACAACAACAUGCUACGGGGUACAGGGAGCCAGCGGCUACACAUCCUCUUCCCAUUGGACUGCGGGGUGCCUAAUGACCUAAGUGUGGCUGACGCCAACAUUCGCUUCCUGCAGAAGCUGCCCCAGCAGAGCGCUGACUGUGCUGGCAUCAAGGGCCGGGUCUACACCAACAGCGUCUACCAGCUCCUGGAGCAUGGACAGCCGGCAGGCAUCUGUGUCCUGGAGUAUGCCACUCCGUUGCAGACCCUGUUUGCCAUGUCACAGGAUGGCCGAGCUGGCUUUAGCCGGGAGGAUCGGCUUGAGCAGGCCAAACUCUUCUGCCGGACACUUGAGGACAUCCUGGCAGAUGCCCCAGAAUAUCAGAACAACUGCCGCCUCAUUGUCUACCAGGAGUCUGCAGAGGGAAGCAGCUUCUCGCUGUCCCAGGAAAUUCUCCGGCACCUGCGGCAGGAGGAAAGGGAGGAGGUUACUGUGGGCAGUGUGGGGACCUCGGUGGUGCCCAGUCCCUCCUCGCCUAGUACCUCCUCACUGUCCCAAGAGCCCAAGCUCCUCAUUAGUGGCAUGGAACAACCUCUGCCCCUCCGCACAGAUGUCUUCUGAGACCCAGAGUCACCUUGUCUAAGCCUCAAGUGAUCCCCAAGAUUCUGAACUGGGACUUUCUUCAGCAGCUGAAGGUCCAGCAGAGCCAUUUCCUUCUACAGGGGGCCAUGCAGAGAAGAGCUCUGGACUUGACAUCCAAAGAUGAGUCCUACGACCUUGGGCAAGUCUUUUCAUCUCUCUGAGCCUCAGUGUCUUCAUCUAUGAAAUGGGAUUAUAAUUAUUUCCCUUCCUACCUCACAAGGUUGUUGUGAGGACUAUCAGUGUAUAAGUUUUUUGUAAACUCUAAAUACUAGGUAAACUUAAGAGAUGUGGCAGGUGUCUUCUAUUUGACCCUCCAGACCUACUCUUCACCUUUCUCCACAUCCUCUGGCUCAGGAUGCUGACCUGUCUGGACAGCAUCAAUGGGCUCCCUUGCCCUCUGGCUCCUGGUCAUGUUCAGUCAGUAGGGAGUCCCAGCAGGAGAUGGGUAGAAGGAGAAGGGUGAGGUUGGGAGAUUUAUUCAGGCUCCUCCCUGCAGUAUCAAGGUCCCUGUUGGCUUUCUGCGUUCUGGACCUAAAGUCAUAACUCCUGUUGGGCAACCAUCUCUGUAAAAUCCUGUCUACAUCCAGGUUCCAGUAACCGGUUCCUCUCCUCGCCCUUUCAGGCCCAGGGGUGGUAUUUAUCUCCACUGAUGUUCAUCCUGGAAUACUCAUCUCACCUUGUCCUCAUCCCUUCUCUUUCUAAAUAAUCUUUUUUUUAAACAUUCCUCAGAUCACCCAAUAACCAAAUACACUUGCAUAUACAUGCUUCCUUGUACACCUCCUCAUCCUAGUACAGGGCAGUGGAGUGGUGAGUGUCAUUCAGUGUGGACAGAGCCCACCAGCUGCACUGAGGGCAUAGAGCUGGGCAACAUCCCCAACUCCACUUGCUCUUUCAGUGCCUUGUCUCCAUUGGGAUGCUUCAGGGACAGGAACGGUUCAAGGGCUGGGCCAGAGCCAGCACAGCAGAUACCAUGAGAGAUACACAGCUUGUCCUGGGCAAGAGGCUGCUCAAAGGAGCAGGGGUCACUUAAGAAAUGUCCCCAGAUAAGAGAGUCAGCGAAGGGAUAAGGGGGGAAGGGAACUUGUUUGAGAGAUGGCACAUAUCCCAGGGGACCCUGGACAACACAGCCAGCCACCAUACCAUACCUGUGUCAUCCUUGUUAGAACUGAGCCACUGCAACAACACUGUUGUGGGAAGGAGCACCCAUCUGAGAGGGAAGGGAGCCCUUUCUACUAGUUCCACUGUUCCACCCAGGCUGGACUUUUUCCCUCCCUCCCACCUUUGUUUUUUAUCACAAAUGCUCAGUAUGCAUUUCUAAGUACAGCACCAUUGUGCAGAAAUGUUCC